CCCGCGUCCCGCCAUCCGCAACCGCCUCCGUCACACCGCAACGGUCACCUCCUCCUCUCGGCGCUCUCCAAGUCCAACCUCGCCUCCCCUCCUCUCCUCCGCGGUUAGGGUUCCGCCGCGUCUCCCGUUCCACACCCAUGGCCGCGCCCGUGCCCGCCUCUCUAGCGCCGCGCGUCUCCCUCCCGCCGCGCGCUCGCUCCACCGCCUCCUCUUCCCGCGGCCUGGGCCUCGCCUCCCUCCCUGGCCGCCGCCGCCGCCACCGCCACCGCCACCUCCGUCUCCGCCGCUCACCGUCGCCGGCAGGGACUGCCGCCGCGAGCUCCGCGUCCGCGCCUUCCCCAUCGGGCAUCGGCGACGCCCUCGGUGGCGUCGAAAUCUACUCCGCGGCCACCGGCGAGCCCGUCGUGUUCAGGGACCUGUGGGAUCAGAACGAGGGAAUGGCUGUUGUUGCGCUGCUAAGGCAUUUUGGGUGCCCUUGCUGGUGAGGGAGGAAGCUUAAUUGUAUCUGCAUUAGCUGGUAUAACUUUGAUGUUGUUUCUUGUUAGAAUAAAUGGGCCAAGAGCCUAUUUAAUAAAAUGAUCAAUAAAUCCCAAGGCCCAUAUUUUUAAGGGGUAGUUACAAUUGUGAUAAUACCACGUUGAUGGCCAUCAACAAAUAACUAGAAACUGAUCUUUCAAUAGCUGGUUAAUGGUUGUUAACAAAUGACCAAAAACUGAUCUUUUAAUGGCUGGUUGAUGGCAUUAACCUGGGUACUCAAAGGUUGGCUGGUUGAUGGCAUUAACCUGGGUACUCAAAGGUUGGCUGGUUGAUGGCAUUAACCUGGGUACUCAAAGGUUGGCUGGUUGAUGGCAUUAACCUGGGUACUCAAAGGUUGGCUGGUUAAUGGCAUUAAUCUGGGUACUCAAAGGUCUCCCCUAAAGCCUAAUAAGAGAGGCAUCACGUCCUUUGUCUUUCACGGGAAAAAGGAGAGAGCUCCACUACUGUGCUGCAUUUUUGCUCAUCCCCGUUCCGGCGAUCUGAGUGCACGGACUUCGCCGGAAGAGCAGGCCUCCGAAGCUGCGCCCUCACCGAGACUCUGCACCCGAGGAGUAGAGGAGCGAUCAAGUUUUUGGGGAACGCACUUGCGUGACUGCUCGCUGUGAACGACUACUUCGUCUACUUCCCGGAGUCGCCUCUGCAUAGCGAACACCUGCACGGCAUCGAGUUUGAUCGGCUACAUCGAACAGGCUCGACUAGCGAUGUCGGGUAACGGCGCAUCUGGUUCCUUCGGAACCGGCCCCGCCUCUGGCUGGGAGUUGGCCGCCGUUUUGAGGGACACAAAGGAGAGAUUUGAUUCAGCUGGAGUAAAACUGAUUGCUGUUGGUGUUGGCACUUCAGCUAAAGCCCGUAUUCUUGCUGAUCGCUUGCCCUUUCUGUUGGAGUACCUCUAUGCAGAUCCUGAAAGGAAGGCGUAUGAUCUCUUGGGUCUAUAUUUUGGUAUUGGCCGUACAUUCUUCAACCCAGCCAGUGUGAAAGUGUUUUCACGGUUUGACUCCCUUAGGGAGGCAGUGAAGAACUACACAAUCGAUGCCACCCCAGAUGAUAGGGCAGGUGUCCUGCAACAGGGGGGAAUGUUUGUAUUCAAAGGUAAAGAACUGUUAUAUGCAAGGAAAGAUGAGGGCACAGGUGACCAUGCACCUUUGGAUGAUGUGCUCAACAUUUGCUGCAAAGUUCCAGUAGCCUGAUGGCACGACCUACAAAGUUCAGUAGUUAAAAAGCACUUUCGGUGCCCCUGAUUCCUGAAGUUCCAAGAGUGCCUGCUGCAAGAGUUGCUUGUCCAUCAAUGUGCAUGUGGUAUACCAAUGUGCCAAGCUUCGUGUAUAGUAUAGGUCGAAAUGCCUGGUUUACUUUGAUACCUUGACGGCGGUGGAUUGUGCAUUGUAAGUAUUCAAGUUGCUGUUUAAUAGUUCUUGAUGUAUGCUGAACAUCUGGUUAGUACAUGGUAAAAAUCUUUUUUUUUUGAAAAGUACACGGUAAAAAUCUGAAAAGCAAAGUUCGAAGUCC